ACUAGCCAGGCUCGCUAGUUACCCAGUGACCAUUGAAGUGGUUGUGCGGUGCUUCACUUUCUCUUUUUUUUUUCUAUAGAAAACACUAUAUUGAUACCAUAAAAUAGUUCAAACAUAGGUCUACAACAUGUCGCGACUGCCACUGAGUAUUCAAGCAAUAGAGUCCACUUGCUGUGUCAAUGUUCCCACGCCUAAGAAGAAAAUUGCAUAUUCAACAUGGAUGUGGAUUUUGACCUACUUGACAUACUGCUCCUACCAUCUUUCCCGAAAGCCUAUAUCUGUUGUGAAGAAUGUCCUCAACCAGAACUGCUCGAACAUGACUUCUCCAUUUCAGACAAAUGAUUCCCACUGGUGUGACUGGAAGCCCUUUGAUGGUGACGAUUCAGCAACACUAUUGGGCACUGUUGAUUCAUCUUUCUUAUUUGCCUAUGCUGCUGGCAUGUUUAUCAGUGGGAUCAUUGCUGAGAGGGUUGACCUGCGCCUCUUCCUCUCAUUUGGCAUGAUAUUUUCUGGUAUCUUCUGUGGCAUGUUUGGACUUGGUCAUGCAUUUGGCAUCCAUCAACUUUGGUUCUACAUAUUGGCACAAAUUCUGUGUGGAUUAAUGCAAACUACAGGAUGGCCAGGCGUUGUAACAGCUUUAGGAAAUUGGUUUGGCAAAGGGAAGAGAGGUUUGAUCUUUGGCAUUUGGAACUCUCAUACAUCUGUAGGCAAUAUUCUUGGUACCCUGAUUGCUGCAGCAUUUGUAACUAAGAACUGGACACUAUCAUUCAUCAUCCCAGGAAUAAUUAUUGCUUCAGUAGGAGUUUUGGUGCUUUUCUUCAUGGUUCCUGAGCCAUCAUUUGUUGGCCUUCCCAACCCUAAUAUGAAGAAAGAUCCCGAGGGAGUUUCUCCCCCACCAAGAAGACGUAUGAGAGCAGAUCAUACAUGGGCAAGUGAAGAGACUGCUGCCCUGCUCGACGAUGAUUCACCUAAUGUAUCUUAUAUUGAGAAGGAUAAGAAAAUGGAGUCUGAGCUCAUAUCCACAGACACAAAGGAAGAAAAGGCCAUCACUUUCAUUGGAGCUCUCAGAAUCCCGGGUGUAAUUGAGUUCUCCAUGUGUCUCUUCUUUGCCAAGCUUGUAUCCUACACAUUUUUGUACUGGCUACCAAACUACAUUGCAAACAACAGUGGGUAUUUCUUUAAAAAGAGGAUAAAUAAGUAUACAAGGUAUGAUGUAGGAGGCAUAAGAGGAGGCGUGCUUACAGGUAUCAUUUCGCCUCAUUCACUCCUAUAUAACACGCUAUGCCGCUUAACAAACUUAUGCUUACAAUUUGUUCCACAGCUGUUUAUAUACCAGUUAUUGAGCUCUGCAAGUUUGGGUUUGAGUAUAUUCCUGCUGAUCGUCGUUGGACUUCUAGUAAAUGGACCAUAUGCUUUGAUCACAACGGCAGUGUCUGCUGACCUGGGCACCCACGAUUCUCUCAGAGGCAAUGCUAAAGCUCUUGCCACAGUGACUGCUAUUAUUGAUGGCACUGGCUCCAUAGGAGCUGCAGUUGGACCACUAAUUGCUGGACCUGUAUCAGAACUUGAUUGGAACUACGUCUUCUAUAUGCUUAUGGUAGCAGACGUUCUAGCUCUUCUUCUUUUGACACGACUCGUUAUAAAUGAGCUUCGGCAAUGGCGACAACGGCGUAGACAAAACUAUCACCAUUCUCUCUGAAGAUGGUAGCAAAGUUUAUAGAUUUAUUCCAAUAUAAAUGUAAUACUUUACAUUAAAAAAAAUUGUACAGUGUAGCAUAUUAAUUUUAUAGGAAGUGUAAUGAGUAGUAACUAGUAGUCAUAGUUAUAUUUUAUUUAUGUAUGAUACAUAUUGUAGAAACUAGAUGGAUGAAAACAGUUUGAUCAGCUGUUGUUUAUUUCCUGAAUCUUUUAUUUUAAGUGCAUAAAAAGCAUAUACAAUGGACCCUCGAAUUUCGUAAUUAAUCCGUUCCAGAGUCAGACGAAAGGCAAAAUUUAUGAAUGGUGAAACCAUUUUCCCUAUGAGAAAUAAUGUAAAUCCAAUUAAUCCAUUCCAGACACCCAAAAGUACAGUAUUAACAAAAAUAUUUUUUUUACAUUAAUAUAGAUCUACAUACAGAAAACAAUGAAACAUCACGUAUAAAACAAUAAUAACAUCACACUUGCCUUUAUUGAAGACUCUUGUUGGUGUAUGGAAGACAGGAAGAGGGGAGAGGAUGGAGAAGUUACACUAUUCACAAAUAACCCGCACAUAAAAGAGAGAAGCUUACGACGACAUUUCGGUCCGACUUGGACCAUUGACAAAGUCACACUAACAGAGGUGGAGCAGGACGGCUAUAUAUAGGCAGGAAGAGGUGGAGGUAGUAGUAGUAGUAGUAGUUAGUGUGACUUUGUCAAUGGUCCAAGUCGGACCGAAACGUCGUCGUAAGCUUCUCUCUUUUAUGUGCGGGUUAUUUGUGCAUCGUUCCAGUCACGGUAUUGUGCCUUUUUGUUAUUUAAGUUACACUAUUGUUUGGAUGAGGAAUCCCCUUUCCAUAAAGACUUAGGUACCAAGCCCUUAUCUGGGGUUACAUCCCUUCUUUGUUUUUUAAUGGCACUAGGACCAGCUCGAGUCACUGGACCCUUGUUGCACAAAAAAACUGUCCAGAGCUCUUGCAGUUCUACCCUCUACCACAAUCAUUACCACCCUCUACCAUGAUCACUACCACUACCACCCUCUACCACCAUCACAACCACUACCACCCUCUACCACUAUCACUACCACCCUCUACCACCACCACUUUCGUAUUUUUCUACAAACUUUUUCCAUAAUUCUGUUGUGUUUCUCACUUUCUUUACCAAAGGGCUGGCACUAGAAGCUUUCUUUGGGCCCAUGGUGGCUUGUUAGCAGUUGCAAGCACAAAAAAGAAUGGAAUAUUACGAAAUGUAUUGUAUGAACACGUGAGGUGAUGGUCACUUGCCAAUAAAUAAUGCCACACUGACUGGGAAUGGUGUGUGGGGCGCCUUUGUGUGGUGUGGAUGCUGGGAGGCCGCUCAUACAUGUUCCAGACAACCGACGAAUGACGAGGCAAAUUACAAACCGUGAGGCAAUAUUUUGACAAAAAAAAGUUCUCGGAAGGCGAAAUUUACAAAUCACGAGGCUUUAGAAACUCGAGAGUCCACCGUACGGUGGUACUUCGGUUUAUGUCUGCUUUGGAAUAAGUCCAACUUGGUAUACAUCCUGUUUGGACACGAAAAUCUUUGCUUGGUGUACGACCUUUGUUUGGAAUAUGACUCACGUGCUAGAACUUGUAUGGUCAAAAUGAGUCAUGACACUGCUCGCUACUCUUGUUUACCUCUCUAGAGACAAAGCCACAACUGCCCACUAAUGUCAGUUUGCCCUUUGCUACCAUUCAAUGAACAACCCAUGCUGUAAUUCUGUGAAUUUUCAUGUGAUUUUGUUUUUUCGUAUAAAUUUUUAGUAAAUUAAUUAACCCCCUAACACGACUCCUCUCAUUCUGCCCAUGGAUCAGCAAGUCAGAAAAGAGAAAGGGACUCUCCUUCCAAACAAUAACAUUUCCUCCUCCUCCCUAGUAGGCACUCGAAUCUUUUCAGCAAAGUAAAGUGAGGUUAAAUUUGCACUUAUUUCAUCUAAUUCUUUUGUAUUUAUGUAUGUAUUUUAGUAUUAAGGAGUGUUUAAAUUACUUAUACAGGCACCAUCCAACUUAUGACCGAGUUCGGUUCCGACAAACCGGUCCUAAGUCGAAAAGGACGUAAGUCGAACCUUGCUACAGAAUAUCAACAUCACAUUUUUGAAAUGAGCUUAUUUUAUUUUUUUAUUUUGGUAUUUCAUUUUUUACUUUACUUUUUAUGCUGCUAGUACUGUAUUUUAUACUGAAAAGUUUAGGAUAAACACUGUGUACAACACAAACAGUUGUUUAUUUCCCAGAAAUUUGGCAUAGAAAACACGGCCGUAUGUCGAGCAGGUCGUAAGUCGGAUGGUAGGUGUAUUAGUAUUAAGCAGUGUUUAAAUUAUUUUAUACAACCCCAUCAAUGUAUAAUAUGCCAAUAACAAUAGGAUUUUUUUUCAUGGGAACGGAUUAAUUGUUUUCCCUAUAUUUCUUAUGGGAAAAUUUGUUUAGUAUAUGCCCUGUUUGGUAUAAGUUCAAGGUCCUGGAAUGGAUUAAGGAUGUAUACUGAGGUACCGCUGUAUUAAGACAGCCAUGGACAAGUCAUUGGCCAUACUGCAUUCUAUUUUUAAUUUAUGAACCUAGUACAGUAAUUACACUGUCAGGGCUUGGAUUUUUUUUUUGGGGGGGGGGGGGGGGGUAGGCAUUGUAUGACUCCCCAAUAGUUCAGCAUUUGUCUGUGAAUGUAAUAAUAGUAAAGUAAUGAUAGAUGUACAAAUAUUAAGAAAGACUAUUAUAUCAUUACAGUAUUUAAUUUUUUACUGAAAUUGCACCAAAUACUAAAACCUUCAAUAAGAUAUAAUUUAGAAAUGAAUACAAACAGGUAGGAUCCCUUACCUUUAAAUCCAUCCUCAAUCCUCUGAGAAAUCAGUUGAGGAAAUAAAAAAUUAAUAUUACUAAAAGGAUCCAGAAAACAUUUGGAAACAUUUCUUUAAUGGUAAUUUCUUCUACUAGUUUUAAGGAAAGAUAGUGAAUAGGGAAGUUUAAAUUUACUGUAAAAAUUAACUGGCAUGCAAGAGAUGAAUAUUUUUGUGGCUCUAAAGGCUAUUCAUUCCUUUUCCAGGGAGGUUCCUCGAUGCCAGUGAGGGGUUUUUGAUCCAAGGAAUUAACCAGUCCUUCCCUUCCUUGGAUCGAACCAAAUUGCCUCCCACUCCAAGUUUAAAGAUAUAAAUUUCAUAAACUCUUACCAAGGCUACAUAGAAAUAACAUCAAAUACAAUUAUCACUAUUGCCUUUCUGUUAUGAAAACCAAGGAAUAUGGUUUCUUAUUAAACAAAAGAUAUCAGUAAUGCAGUAAACAAUUUAUUGUAGACAUUUCUUUCAAAUGAGUAAAUGACAUAGUUCAUUGAGUAUCGUUUUUAAUAAAAAAUAUAUUUUGUGCUGAUUAGUGAAGGAAUGUGUAUCAACCAUUGAGAGCCAGUAGGUUGAGGGUAGGAUACUAUUAUUAUUAAUUUUUAUUAUGGGGAAGUGUUAAACCUGUAGUGGUCAUACAAUACCUGCAGAAUAGGAGAUAAUCAGGUUCGAUUCAAGAACAGGUCAGAUUCCUUGGAUCGAGAAUUCUCCAGAGUCAAGGUUUCUCCCUUAACCCUUAAACUGUCCAAAUGUAGAUCUACGUUUACGCGCGUAGCGCUCAGAGCUUGAUUUUCUCCUUAAGAAAGCAAGUAAAAAAAAAAAAUAGAUCUAUGUUCGGAGCGCUACACAAGCAAACGUAGAUCUACAUUUGGAUAGUUUAAGGGUUAAGGGGUGAGGGUAGUAAAGCCUUGUUAAACUCAGUUUUAUCAAGAAUUCAGUGUUCAUAUUGUACACUUAUGGGUAAAAAGUUAGAAUAAUGAGGCUAAGCUGCAAGUCAGGGGUAGUGAAAUAGCUCAUGAGUGUGCACUUAACCCUUGGAGGGCCAGUCACAUACAAGUACGUCGUUGCAGCCAGGGUCGGUCACGUACUUGUAUGCCUAAAUUCUAGCGCCUUCAAAUCUGGUGGAAGAAAGCUGACAGGCCUAUAUAUGGAAGAAAGCUGGCAGGCCUAUAUAUGGAAGAAAGUUGGCAGGCCUAUACAUGAAAGAAUAGGUCUGCAUGGUCAGUGUGCACAGUAUAAAAAAAAUCCUGAAGCGAGCAGUGCAUAAUGAGAAAAAAACCUCCGACUGUGUUUUUGGUUUAAAACAGCGACUUUCUAGUGUAUUUUUGUAUGGUAUUUACGAUUGUAUUCUCGUUUCCUUGGUCUCAUUUGAUAGACUCGAAGAUAUGUUACAGAAAUAGAGAUGAUUUUGAUUAGUUUCACUAUGGCAAGUAUGUACAUACCUUGAAAUUGAGCUCAAAAUAGCGAGAAUGAUAGAUUUUUGCCGAUGUUCAAGAGUAAACAAAUCAUGCCACACGUCCAAUACACAUCAACUGGUGAGUCUAAUAUUCUUUCACAAGUGCGUUGACAUCAUUUAUACCCUUUUUGCAAUGGUGCAGUAGUAUACAUAAUAAAAACCUAUUUUCUGUGAGAAUAAAAAUUCAAAAUGGAAAGCAAAAGUAAUGUAAGAGGGGCCUAGAGAUGUGACUAAUGAACAGAUAAAAUGUUAUUUUAGUGCCAUGAAUGUCUGUCUUGUUUAUUCUGGAUGCUAUUUUGAAAUUGGCAUCUUUCGAAAUUUGUGAAAUUUCCAAUUUCUGACCACUUUAUUGGGUAGUUGAAAUUGGUAAAUGGCAGUUUCUUGUACUUAAUUGAUAGAACAAAUGGAGUUCUAGCAAAAUAGCUAUGAUUUUAGAUGGCUGCAACAUUGGAAUUGGCCAAAAGUAGGGCUCAAAGUGGGCGAAAUCGCCGAUGUGUAAAUAUCGUAGAAACUGCUAACUUCACGAGAGCACAGAAUAAAUAAAUAAUUUUUUUUUUUUUUUUUUUCCAAAAAAUUUUUCAACCCUGAGAACGAGUUUGUGAGAGGGCCUCUUGACCCUCAAGGGGUUAAGUUUGUCAUCACACAUCUGUAAUAAUUUACUUUCCAAAUUUAGCAAGCUUCACGUGGUAUGAUUGUACACAUUUAUUUAUACACACUCAUCUGAGUUUUCUUUGAUUUUAUCUUAAUAGUUCUUGGUCUUAUUAAUUUUCCUUUUAUAUCCAUGGGGAAGUGGAAUAAGAAUCUUUCCUCCGUAAGCCAUGCGUGUUGUAAAAGUCAACUAAAAUGCCGGGAACAAUGGGCUAGUAACCCCUUUUCCUGUAAA